AAUAUCUAUGUUCCCAUCUCUGCAAAGAAAGAAUCUCUUAUCCUCUUCCAGUCUUCCUCUUGCAGAUCUCUGCUGGCUCUCAUUCGAUCCUCGCCGCCCGUUGUUUCAAUCCCCAGAAAAAUCUCCAUUUCUGUUCAAUCUCUCCAUUUUCUCCCUCUAAUUUCCAUUUUAAGUCAUUCAAUCUGAAGGUUCUGUUGCAGUUCCCCUUGUCCUUCCUCGGAAGGAAACCCCUGCGAUAACCUCGGGUUUUGGCGGCGAUCGAUUGCAAGGAGUUCUUUAAUCAUCAAAUUUUCUUGAAACGACGCCUUAAGGAGGAUGGGGACUCUGCAAGGACCGGUGUUUUGCCCUGCAGUGCGCGCCAAGCAACCUGGAGUACACAGUGUGCCGGUGAACGGGCCUUUCGUGAUGAUGAAGGCCAGGGUUCUCGGAAACGAGUUCUGGGGUUUAAAGGGGGUCGCCGUUGGUAGGCCUAAGGUGGGUCAUCAACUGCAUUUACAUGUUCGAAAGUGCAAGACUACACCUUAUUGUAGUCUCAGUUCGUCCUCAAACGGUAAUGGCAGCAUGGCGGAAAAUUUCAAUGAGAAUGAUGAAGAUUAUGUCAACUCUAGUGUGGUUGAAGCUGUGGAGGUGAAGAGUGGUGCAGAUGGAUUCAUGAUCAAAAUGAGGGAUGGUAGGCACUUAAGAUGCGUGCAUAACAACCCUCAGGGUGGUCACCUCCCCGAUUAUGCACCUCAUCCCGCAAUUGUGCUAAAGAUGGAAGAUGGAACUGGCCUUCUUCUUCCCAUAAUUGUUUUGGAGACACCAAGUGUUUUGCUCAUGGCAGCAGUGCGCAAUGUUCAAAUUGCUAGGCCCACUAUGUAUCAAGUAGUUAAGGAGAUGAUUGAAAAAAUGGGCUAUGCAGUGAAACUUGUUCGUGUCACUGAAAGAGUGCACGAGGCAUAUUUUGCUCAGUUGUAUCUCACAAAGGUGGGUAACGAAACAGAGUGUGUCAGCUUUGACCUUCGACCUUCAGAUGCUAUUAAUAUUGCAGUAAGAUGCAAGGUGCCAAUACAAGUCAACAAGUAUUUGGCAUACAAUGAUGGAAUGAGAGUCAUUGAAGCUGCAAGACUGUCAACACAGGUCCCUUCUGAUGGGUUAUUAUUCACAGAACUCGAUCGGCCAAGUGGUCAGCCAUGUGUUGAAACAACAGAAUUUAAUCUUGUGCGUAAUAUGCUGAUUGCUGCAGUUGAGGAGCGCUAUAGGGAUGCUGCACAAUAUAGGGACAAACUCACUCAACUUCGUUCUAAGAGGAACUGGACAUAGCAGUUGUUUCCAAAGAAUCGUAUGUGUACAUAAAAAUCAUUAUUGGAAGCCCGAUGAUAUCAGCUUUCUCAGGAAUCAGUCAUGCUCUUCUCAAUCAUGCACGUAGUACAAGUUUGUGAAUAUGUACGUAUGUAUGUAUUUAUGCAUAUAUGUGUAAUAUAUGUAUAGAGUGACAAAACUUUACUGCAAAUGUACUGUUGGAAUUAUGGACAUUGCACUAUAGAUGAUAAUUUCAUUUUAUAAUGCCA